UUGGGGGUACCUGUGCUUCAGGCAGAGAGAGAGAGAGCAAAAAAUAAAAUAAAAUAAUAACCGUUCGUGAAACACAUAAAUUGUUCGCGAACGUAAUGUUGCCUCGCUAUUGCUGAACACAGAAGGCUAUCAAACAAGAUGUCUGCGCCCACGAAGGAACAUGCGAAUCAUUACUCGUCAAGCGCUAAUGAAAAAGUAUCGGUGGAAAAGCCAUGCCGCUCAUGUACCGAUUUUAAAACAUGGAUGAAACUAAAAGGGAAGUCCACUGAGGGAAAAGCUAUCGACGAAAAGCAUCUAUCAACAUGCCCAUUGGACAAGAACGAGCUGGGACGCAACACAUGGUCUUUCUUGCAUACUAUGGCAGGGUAUUACCCCAGAACACCAUCCGUACAGGAGAAGUUGAAUAUGACUCAGUUUAUGCAGCUGUUUGCUCAGUUCUACCCUUGUGAUUACUGUGCCAAAGAUAUGAGAAAUGAUUUGAAGCGGAGUCCUCCAGAUGUUUCAAGUCAGGACAAUUUUUCUCAGUGGCUUUGUCGACUUCACAACACUGUGAACAAAAAGCUGGGGAAAUCCGAGUUUGACUGUCGCCAAGUGAACGAGAGAUGGCGUGAUGGGUGGAAAGAUGGAAGCUGCGGAUGAAAUAAGCUGAAUCGUGUUGUUGUUACGUUAUACUGUUAAAGUUUAAACUUUAUUUAACAAAGGACAAAGAAAAGUGAUUUCUGCAUAUUGCAGUUCUUGGAGCCAUCUAAGGGGCCUUUUACUGUUAUUGAGAUUGUUAUUAUGAGUGUACAAACCAUGCACUAAUGAGGAUGGGAUUAGUUCCAGGCUUUGGUUUUUUUAAGCAAACAAAACAUGUUGAAAAAAAUGUUACUGAUUAUAUUGAUGUUUACUUUUAGAAUUGGGGAGUGUGGGUGUGGGAGAUGAGUACCAAAAAACAAGUAUGGUUUGUAUGGUCGUAAAACAAUGUUGAUAAGUAUGAACAGCCCCUCUAGAGUUUUAGUUGUGAGAGUAACUUCGUAAUUCCAGUGCUAAAGCAUUGACAAUCUGUCUAAGUUAAAGAGACUGUCCCGAGUUUCUAAAACUCAGUGGUUUUUGUAUCUUUCAAAUAUUUGUAUGUCGCUCAAACAGGAUUUGGUCUUCCAAUAAUUUUGUAUGUAUGAAAACAUAGUGUGUGUGUGUAUAUAUAUAUAUAUAUAUA